AAUUAAUUACUCGGGCUUCCGAAAGCCCGAUUCAUAAAAUGCAAGCCGUUUUGUCUUGGUCCCCAAAAGGGGGGCCAUGGCCCUAGGCGUGCCUAGCGUAGAUCAUAACUAGGGCGUGGAAUCUGGGGAUGAGAAUAGGACAGAUUGCUUGCUUUAUCACGUGUUCGCACUUCAUGAACAACGUAAUCAGAAUGCUGUGUUUUGAGAAGAACGGUUUGGAGAGAAUCAUGCUAUAUAUGUUCAUCUCACAAACACAGAUGUCUGUCUUUUUCUGAACGGGUCGGUCCACGAAUUAUAUUGCUUGAAAGCUUGCCAAAUAAGCAUAGUUCAUGCUCGUUCUCGCGAAUCAGUCAAUUACAGCAAUGCCCAUCUCACCCCCCCCCCCGGGCAACCGGGGGCAUUUGCUCACGUCGUCAGUCCCGGCGGUGGGGCAUUUGCGUACCCGGAGCGACCCCCGGUAUUUGCCAUACGUGUUUCCGAAAGUGCCAUGGAGGAAUUCAUCGGCAAAGACGAGGCGUUUGUUGAAGACUGGCUAGUCCGUCAGGGACUAGACAAACUUGUGGAUAUUUUCAAAGGACCGGCACGAAUUAGCGAGGGGAGCGAAGAAAAACUGAGAGAGUUCCUAUUCGCCAACUACAGCAAGAACCAGCGUCCAUCAACACCAGCGAGGGUUUCUCUUAACUUGGUAGUCAAGAACAUUGAUGAAGUGGAUCCAAUGAAGGAGCGAAUUAGUUUGAAAAUCUGGUUUCGAAUGUAUUGGGCGGACAACCGGUUGCAAUGGAACUCUUCGGAAAACAAUAUAAGUUCGUUGACGUUAGAUUUUGAGGAGAUCUGGACUCCAGACGUAGCUCUUUACUCAGCAGUCGGCACCAUAAGAGACUUUGGUAUCUCAAACCCGGACGGUUUAAAGAUGAACCUGAUUGUUUACAGCAACGGAAUUGUCUUCUUCUCACAACCUACGUCCAUCCAAAGCGCAUGCGCAUUAAAUAUUGCCGACUUUCCAUUUGACGACCAGACAUGUCAGCUGACGUUUGGUUCUUGGACUAUGGACUCCACGCUGCUGUGGCUUAAUCUCAAUAAAGGUGGAAUUGACCUAACUUACUUCAUAACAAACAACAUGUGGGAUCUACUGGAAAUCUCUGCAGAGAUGCGCAAGCAGAUGUAUUCGUCUCACGACAAUGACUUAUCCGUGGUGGUGUAUACCUUAGUUUUAAGGAGAAGAGCUCUGUUCUUUGUUGUCAACUACAUCGUUCCUCCCGUCGCCAUCUCAUUCCUGUCGCUGUUACUGUUUCUCAUCCCGCCAGAAGUAGGAAAGCGAAUGGAGGCUGGUAUAAACCUCCUUCUCUGUCUUUCGGUGUAUCUUCUGCUGGUGAACUCUAAAAUGCCAAAAACAUCAACAGCAUUUCCUCUGUUAACAAAGUUCUACGGCUCCGCCAUCAUCAUCUUGGUGUUGGCCAUGUGUUGCACAUGUCUCGUGUACGCCCUGUACUUCAUGAACUCUUCCGGCUUGGAAUUACAUCAUGCAUCGUUUUUUCUCCGUCUUAAGAAUUUUACACUUGGGCGGUUACAACCCCUGCUGUUUGCAGACGUUCAAAUCCCCUGCAAACGUUCAAAUCCAGACCCUAAACGAAGAAAAUCAAAAGUCCAUCCGGCAGAAACAGCAGAUUUAAAUCUGAAGGAAGUAGACUCCAAAACUGACAGUCAAAUCCAGAGUGAUGAUCAAAAAUUUACGACAAGUCGAGAAGCGCCCCUGAUUAUUACCAGUGGUAGCCAUGAAUUCCUCCCCCGGAUUUCAGCAGCAGGACAGGAAGAUCAAGAGGGUCACCUGAAGUUGGCUACAAUUGGUUCUUCAAUUGACCUCAGCAGCAGCUUUUCAAGUUUUGCGUCAUUUAGAUCAGAAGAAAACACUGCUGUAGCUAGGGAAGACAUGUUGACUCCAGUUGAGAAUGUAAACGAUGCAGGUGCUCCUGAAGAGAUCAAAAAAGUGACCUUUGCUCGCAAUAACGAUGGAUUCGUAAAAACUGUUAAGCGGAGAGCGACCUCGAUACAUUGCACUGAGUCAGCGGUAAAGCGUACAGAGCACACUCUGGUCUGUUCGGCGGGUUCAUCCUGGUUCAUUCAGUCAUCAUGGGAUGAAUCACUGGAGGAGAAUGCUGAAGAGUGCGGCGAAGACGUUUCAAGCCAGUUAAAUGAUGGACCUAAUCAGUUGAUGGCGCUGAACUCCAAGGGGAAUAAAAGUGAUUCCGACACAGAUGACCAUGCCCCAGUUUCAGACGGCUAUGUCGAACUUUCCAGAUCUUGUGACAGAGAAAACACAAAGAGAUCGAACACGGAGCAAUGGAAAAAAGCCGCCAUGGUUUUGGACAGAAUGUUUAUAAUCGUGUUAUUUAUGAGCAUUGUGAUAUCAUUUGUGGCUUGUCUAUUGCUUGCACCUAGAGUUAGGAAUAGUUUUAGUCCGUAACUUCACACACAUGCAGUGCUUCAAAAUACAACUCUUGGAUAUAUUAUACUCCUGUAGCCCAUUCGAGGGCCAUUAGUUUAUCAGUUUUGACAUCUUACUGUCAAAUGUAGCCCUCUCCAAUAAAGUCUACUAAAGUCUAUUAACUCAGUCGUAACAGUUGUAUCAACUGGUUAUUGAUUGUAACAAGUAUACCAUGUAUUGGAGUGAGACGAAUUUCAUAUUUCGACAAAAAGAGUUUUGGUCAGUAUCAUUUAAGUUCUUUUCAGUAUUUAUUUAAAAAUGGACAACCUCUUUUAAAUAAUCCCUCAAUCCAAUUCAGGAAAACAAACAAUAGCUUACAUAGCGGCUAUUCUCUGGGGCAAUAUCCCCACUCACAUUAAAGAUUUCAAUGCCUUCAGCUUCUCUAAACAACUGGAAUUCUAUUUACUGUUUGAACAACAUUCUGAAAACUUGUAUUGAUUUCCUCCAUUCUGUCAUACCAUGUACAUAUCUCGAGAUCUCUUCUCUUAAAAUUUCUGUAUUCUCUUAAAUAUUCGUAGAAAUCGCUAGAAAAUUGACUAGAAAACUGUCGGGUUACUUCGGUAUCCAGACUCAAAGUGUACAUUAUUUUUUUCUGUCCUAGAAUUUAAAACUGUAAAUGUACGAGUGAAUAAAUAAAGUUGUUGUUGUUUACGUUUCAGCUCUAGAAUGUCGUGGUCUUUUUCUCGAUUUUAAUUGAUAGACUUCCAUGGGGGUGUCCCUAUAUGAUUUAACGACUAGAUUCCAUGUUGCCGUACGUCUGUUCAGUAAUAGAUCACAGAUGAUGUCAAAAUGUGGUAACAACAAAAAAAGUGGCACACGAAGCGAUAGUAUGUUUGAUUGACGUCAUUUAUCCAUUGGAUAGCGUUAUUUGAGAACUUUAAUGUGAGAUGUACCUUACUCGUCCCCAGCCAUCUCUGAGUCUCCGAAGAGAACGGGAGAAGACUGGGGAAAAGUAAUAAAGCGGAGGUAGAUGGGAAGAGAGAAGCGACAACCCAUAAUCCCCCGCGCUCCCACGCUCACUCCGCGCGUCCCUCGUUGAUACUCAAUGCGACAUUGAGAGGCGACUGGGGACGAGUCAGUUGAAGUACAGUUACCUCACGCAUAGAAGCUACAGCAUACAUAAGGCAAGAAAAGGCAAGGCAAGGCAAGGCAAGGCAAGGCAAGGCAAGGCAAGGAUAUUAUUAAAUAGAGAUUAAUAAAAUUUGCUUUUGAAAAGACUCCCCGUAGUAGCUUGAGUUGCAGGCUAGUUCCUCUCCUAUACCGAG